CACCCCUAAACAAAUAGAAGAAAAAACAAAGAAAAAUCCAAUAAAAAGCUAAAGAUACGUUUCUGUAAAAGCAUCUGCUAUAAAUAUAACCCUUGUAAUCAAAGCUCAAAAAAUGCAUUUUUUGAAAAGAUCUGAAAAAACCCCGAGUGCCCUUAAUUGUCUCAAACUGUGAAACGUUCGAUCAAAGCUUCCUCUCUGUCCACCAUUUGGAAAGUUUCCAAGGCCAAACUGGGCUCCAUCUUUCCUCAAAAUUACCAUAUCUGCCACUUCCCUUUCCCUCUCUUACUCUACUACUCCCAAUAAACCGCUAAUCUUAACUCUUGGAAUCCUUUCGGAAAAUCGCUCUCCGCUCUUUGCAAUCUAAACCCAGGCCCUCUUCCCCGUUUUCUCGAGAAUACCAUUUAUCUUCCCGGAAAAAGUUAUUAUUUUUACCGGAAAAUCAGCAAACAGAAGAAUGGAGGAAGAAGAAGGUGCUCUACCGGACCAUCUCCGGUGCAAACGAACCGACGGGAGGCAAUGGAGGUGCAAGAGACGAGUAAUGGAAGGCAAAAAGCUGUGCGAGCUUCACCAUAUCCAAGGCCGUCACCGACAAAAGAGACAGAAAGUACCAGAAUCCCUCAAAAUGCAAAGAAAAAAGAGGGUUUUCGAGAAGAACAAGCUCGAAAUUAGGGCAAAGUUGCUGCAAUUAGCGAAGCCAAUGAAGCGAAAGCGCGUGAUCGGAGGGGAAUCCGAGGCGUUAGAUGAAUCCAUUCGGAAGAUGAAACUGAGAAGAGGAGAUUUGCCAUUGGAGCUUAUAAGAAUGGUUUUGAAACGAGAAAAUGAGAAGAAGAAAAAGAAGAAAAGGAAAGAAAGUAAUUGUAGUGAUUUUGAUGAAGAAGAAGAAGAAGAUUUGAUAAGAGAAUUGCCUAAUGGGCUAAUGGCUAUUUCUUCUUCAAGUCCACAUUUUGAUAAUGCAGGUUCAUGUUCCGGUUCUGGUACGGGUUCCGGUUCCGGUUCUGUUUCAGGAUCUUGUUUUAAUGUUAAAGUAGGGGAAACUGAAACUGAUACUGUUGCAAUUACCAGAAGGCGGUUUCGGUCUAAGAACAUUGAGCCAUUGCACGUGGGUACAUUGCAGGUUAUGCCAUAUAAGAAGAAAGUGGUGAAUUUGAGGAGAGGGAGAAGAAUAAGGUGUCAUUGGUGUAGAAAGGGUGGUGUUCCUAGUUUGAUCAAGUGUUCCAGUUGUAAGCAGCAGUUUUUUUGCUUGGAUUGCAUAAAAGAACAGUAUUUUGUUAAGCGAGAAGAAGUCAAGAUAGCUUGUCCAGUAUGUCGUGGAACUUGUGGCUGCAAGGCCUGCUCAGUUAGUCAACAUAGAGACACUGAAUGUAAGGAGUUUCUAAGGGACAAAAACAAAGUGGAUAAGGUGUUAUAUUUUCAUUAUUUGAUAUGCAUGCUUCUUCCUGUUCUGAAGCAAAUAAACCAAGACCAGAGUGUUGAGAUUGAAGUAGAGGCAAACAUAAAAGGCAAAAAACUCUCCGAUAUUCGGGUCCAACCAGCUGAGUUUGGUGUCAAUAAGCAAUAUUGUUGCAGCAACUGCAAGACUUUCAUACUGGAUUUCCAUAGAAGCUGCCCAAGGUGUUCAUAUAACCUCUGCUUAAGUUGUUGUCGGGAUAUCUUUCGAGGGAGUUUAGUUGGAAGUAUAAAGGAACUUAACUGCAAAUGCCCAUAUAGACAGAAAACUGGUUCACCAGGCAUUCGCCUUUCAGAUAAGAAAUCUGUUAGAAUCUCUAAGAAAAAUCAUGACAGUAGAUAUUUUGAUUCUUCUGCAUCAUUGCCUACUCGGAAAGCUCCUGAUUGCAGUGUUCCUAUAUCAUGCCCACCCACAGAGUUUGGUGGUUGUGGUGAUGGCCUUCUUAAUCUGAGAUGUAUUUUGCCUCUAAAGUGGUUCAAAGAGCUGGAAAUAAAUGCUGAAGAAAUAGUCGGCAGCUAUGAAUUGCCAGAAGUCUUUGAUAUUUUUUCAUGCUGCCCGCUAUGUCCUGGGGCAGAUUAUGAAGCUAAAGGAGUGAAGCAGUUGCAAGAGGCUGCUAAGAGAGAAAAUUCAAAUGAUAACUUCCUAUUUUACCCCAAUAUCAGGAACAUUCAUGGUGAUAACCUGGAGCACUUCCAGAAGCACUGGGGUAAAGGCCAUCCUGUGAUAGUUCGAGAUGUGCUUAAGGAUACAUCAGAUUUGAGUUGGGAUCCAAUAUUCUUGUUUUGCUCAUAUCUUAAGAGUGGUGUUGCCAAAUCUGAGAAUGAGGAAUUAGCUAAAGCAACAAGUUGCUUGGACUGGUUUGAGGUUGAAAUUGGUAUUAAGCAGUUAUUUUUGGGGUCAUUAAGGGGGCUGGCACAAUCUAAUAUGUGUGAUGAGAAUCUGAAACUGAAGGGCUGGCUUUCUUCUCAUUUAUUUCAAGAGCAAUUUCCAGAUCAUUAUGCUGAAAUCAUUCGAGCUUUACCACUUCCAGAAUAUAUGGAUCCUAGAAGUGGUCUUUUGAAUAUUGCUGCAAGGUCCCCGCAAGGAAUCACAAAGCCUGACCUAGGCCCAUGUAUCUCUAUCUCAUAUUCCAGUGGUGAGGAACUUGUACAGGCUAAUUUGGUGACAAAAAUAUGUUACAGUUUAUGUGAUGUGGUUAAUGUUUUGGCACAUGCUACAGAUGCCCCUGUAUCCAUGAAGCAGCUUAAUAAAAUAAGAAAGUUAAUGAAAAAGAAAAAAUCUCAAGACCAAAGGGAGCUUCCUAAGACUACUCUUGAUCAAAAGAUGGCUAAUAAAGUGAAGGGAAAAUCUUCACCACAUGGUGAAAACAUGGAAGAAGUAGGAUUGAAUGAUAUGAUCAGUAAAGAAAUGCAUGCUCACAAUAGAGUACCAAAAGUAUCCUCCCAAUUCCCUCCUGCUGCACAUGAAGUGCAUGGUUUAGGUUUCAAAGAUAGAGCUGUGUACCAUGAUAAUGAAGAUAGCUCUGACUCUGGUUCUGAUUCUGAUUGUAAUUCAAAUUCUGAAGUGGCAGUACUUCCAUUCUACACCAUUCACAGCUCAGAAACAUCAGAAAAUCAGGAAGUCUUUGGGGAAAGAACAGAAUUCUCCAAGUCUUGUGGAGCAGAAUGGGAUGUCUUCCGAAGGCAGGAUGUUCCAAAGCUUAUGGAGUACCUUAGUAAGCACUCAAAUGAGUUUGGUCACACAUGUGGCUUUCGCAAGCAUGUGGUUCAUCCUAUUCUUGAUCAGAAUUUCUUUCUUGACAAAAGUCACAAAACAAGGCUGAAGGAUGAGUAUGGUGAGUUAAUAAAGUUUUGUUUAUCCCUUGUUAUAGUUGAGGACAAAUUUACUGAAAUUUCUUUCCACCUCAUAUUGCUUCUAGAAAUUGAACCCUGGACUUUUGAGCAACAUGUUGGAGAAGCUGUUAUGGUUCCAGCUGGCUGUCCAUACCAGAUUAGGAAUGUUAAGUCCUGCGUUAACGUGGUUUUGGACUUUGUUUCUCCGGAAAAUGUAACCGAGUGUAUCCAGUUGAUGGAUGAACUUCGUCUACUCCCCGAAGAUCACAAAGCCAAAGCAGAGAAGUUUGAGGUUGAGAAGAUGGCCCUGUAUAGGAUUAGAGGAGCCAUAAAAGAAAUUCGUGAGCUUACAUGUACGGAGUAGGUGCAGUGAGUAGUUGAGAAUUCAAGAACAUUGACAUGUAAUGUAAGGGAUUCUCAAAACUCAAUUUGUGGCUGUUGUUGCAUGCAGAAAUUUUGAUGCUUUUGUCCAUUCUUUCUCUCCCCCUAUUGGCAAUGGAAGUCGAAUUAUGUGGAACAAGACCACGUUGCUGGAACUGACUUUGUAAAUGCGUAAUACCUGGUACAACUUAAGUCAGGUUGGGAAAUCAUUCAUAAUAUUUUUACUUUUAAUCUGUCCAAUACCAACCACAGCUAAUUUCCCCAAUAUGCAAUAACUGAUCUCAGCAUAAUCCAUAGAAGAAAACUCGAACUUGCAUUUCGUUUAUUUAUGCAGUUGAUGGGUAUUUGCCUUUGCACAAUUUAAUACACAAACUUUCAUGAAUCAUUUCAUCCAUAUAUUGUUGGAAAAUUUUACUUUGCUUCCUUUCCCUGAUAAUUUAGGAAAUGAUAGUUGCUGCAUCUUUUGCAUCAUUGACAAAUGAACUAUGCAAUGCAGCUUCUUUAGACAAUUAAGUGAUCAGCCGAGCAAUCUUUUUCAUUGUUUUCUUACAUCCAAUUCAAUCUGGCAUUACAAAGUAAACCUAAGUGACUGAUAUCACAGCACAGAACAAGAUAUUUCAGAUUAUUUCAUUGACUAGGUACAUAGGAAAAGGCAUGUGAAGAACAAAUGUAUACAAUCCACGUCGCUCGGCAGUCGGCUCAACAAAAUUUCAACAAAUUUCUACAGUUAUCUAAUUAAGUUCUGGUACAUUGAAUGAAUUUUUUUCCCCUCCUUUUUGCACUAAUAAUUUAAAGAAAAAAUGAAUAGUUUUUGAUACUUUAUUUCUCUCGGGUUGCCCCUUUCUUUCACUGUUUUCACCUGUUACUUA